AGGGGUUGCUGUUGCUCUGAAGUCUCGCCAGGCACACCGCGUGGUCCGGACCCUUCCCGUGAACUUUGCGGUGUUGGACGCUGAGGAUGACUGCCGCCUUGAGGACACCUCUGAAACAUCUGAUGCUCCUGAUCGUCAUCAUCUGGCUGUCACCGGUCAGGAGCUGGAUAGUCCCACAGCUGAGAGAAAACAUAUGGGUCACGCUGGCGAAGUCCUUGAAGCAGGACAACUUCUGUAUGGCCAUGGGAAGUGUGGACAAUCCGUUAUCCACGUGCCUGGUAGGAGUCCCCCUGUCGCCAAACGACUAUCCAUAUGCAGGAAAAAAACCUAAUCCUGUGGACACCUGGGAUGAGUGGACGAGGAUUCUGCCAUAUGCACCACAGGAGCCCCAAGAAUUGGACCUAUUGGGCUCCUCUCAGGCAACAUAUUGUGUCAGGUUUAGGUACCAGCCCUCCCGGAAAGACUGGGAUCAAAUGGCUAAACUCCACCCCGCUGGUACCCAAGAAGUAAAAAGACACGAUGUAUCUCCCCACGAUGGGAGAUACCAUGCAGCAAAUUGGUGCAAUUACACCUCGACCAUGGUAUCUAGGUCCUCCUCAGUUCCCAGGGUGCUCCCCACGGGGGUUUUUCUCAUCUGCGGCGACAGGGUGUGGGCAGGGAUUCCCUCCCAAAUCCAGGGAGGCCCCUGCAGCCUUGGGCAGCUUACCACACUGACACCGAACAAAACCCAAAUUUUAAAUUGGAAAAACGAAAAUAAAUUGGCUCGCAAAAAGAGAUCCUAUAACCAAUUCGACGAAAAUUGUGAUUCAAAAAUUUACAAUUGGGGAAAGACGAAGAGAGUCACGGUAUCCAUAUUUUUACCAUGGUAUGCCACAGCAAAGGCCCUCGGUGAGCUUUCUCACCUCGAGUGUUGGCUCAGUAAGCAGGCCAACGCCACGUCCGCUGCCCUGUCCGACUUGCUAGCGGACGAAGAAGUCACCCGGCACGCCACACUGCAAAAUAGGGCUGCUAUUGACUUCUUACUGCUCGCCCAUGGCCACGGCUGUGAGGACUUUGAAGGAAUGUGCUGCUUCAAUCUGGCAUCAAAGAGCACAUCCAUCCAAGCUAAUAUCCAGCAGAUCCGAGAGCAAGUUGACGACCUCAAGACUGAGACCUCGACUGUAGAUCCUGUGAAUAAACUGCUGUCUCAAUGGGGUGUCCCAGGGUGGGUUGCUAUCAUCCUCAGGGGACUCUUUUGGAUCUUUCUGAUAAUGUUCAUGAUCUCGCUUGCUUUAUUUUUGUUUAGGCGUAUGUUGCUUAAAACGUUGGGAAGUGCUUAUUUAAUGAAUAAAUACGGGGGAGAUCUAUUGUUCAAGUCUGCCCCUUAG